UAUAUUUUGUCAGGACGGUUUUCUCACUUCUACGCACGAUUUUGUAAUUUAACGUCACGACUUCCUGAAAGUUUUGCAAAAGCAUGCAGGCUACGCAUCCAUACUCACACUAUCAAGAUUUAUGGUGAUUUUGGUUGAUAAUUAAUAUUCUCCUUGUCGAUUUCUCGUUAUACCCAUAAUAAACGUCUUUGCUCAUUCACCCACAGGGCUCGUUAUAUAUAAUCGGCUCGUGUAGAACACGCUCAAAUAUCUACCAUUUGACACCAGCCGGGAUUUAUUAUCUUCCAACCGCAGACAUUCAAUUUCACGUUAAUAUCCCGGAAAUACGGUUAUCCAUGAUUUUGUUGCUGAAGUGAAACAACUUGCACUGGUCGGGAUUUAUUAUCUUCCAACCGCAGACAUCUUCCAACUUCCAUCGGCAACAUUAUCGUUAAUGUUGCCGAUGCGCGUGGAGCUACUGUAACUGUAAAAUCAAAAUUCAGCCAGCGCACACGAGUCAGCUUGGCCAGUGGCUAUCUGAUCACUGCAACGGAUAUCUCCGCACGAUCUUAAACAUCGCGCUGCAAUCAACUGCGUAUGACUCAUCACUGUAAAAAAAUUCUUCCCGCAUGUUGUUUGCCUACGCAGCAUCCAUAAUCUAAUUUUAGAUCAAGUACAGUAUGAUAUACGAUACAUUCUCCGCAGCGUUCUGACCAGCCGAUGGCGUCUGAACAUCUGAAAAUAGCAUCCAUGCAGUGCCAGCGUUCUCACAUUACCGACUUCUCCGCACGCAAGGCAGAAUUCUUCCGCGCAUAAUGCUUCCAGUACAUUAUUAAACUUUAACUAAACGUUCCCUAAAAAAAUUCAACAAUGGACGAAGUGAUCCCCAAUUCGGAGGAUUUCGAUAUCCUUCCCGAGUUGGAAUCAUCCGCUGCCGAAACCACCACAGCGGCCGUUCCUGGCUUCAUCCCACUUGGCGCCAGUAUUGCGCACUUUGCCUUCAUCAUCCUCUACUGCCAGAUCGCCCGCUUCCUGUCCAACCGUUUAAUUACCAGUCCCCUAUACCGCAUUGCCGUGGAGGAGUUUAUAUGCACCGUGCAAUUAUGCGCUAGCAAUUUCGAAUUAGGCGUUGUUACCGAGGUGUACGGAUUCUCCGGCUACGCGCUGGGAUUGUUCUUCACGUCCAUGUCGUACAGUCUGACCUUCGAAGACGGUACGGCCGAUCCCACGGAGUGCCUGGAUAAAUGGUUGAAACGGCAGAUUGGUGUUAGUGAGUGUGUGCUGCGUUCAGCGCUGUCCAUCGGGGGAGCGGCGGUCUCGUACAAAGCGGCGAAGAUGUUCUGGGCGUUCCGCUUGAUUCCAGAGCAUGCUAAUUCUUUUGAAGGGGCGGUGCUGUGCACGGCCAGUUUACAGGUGUCGUUGUUAUUGGGUAUAAUCUUCGAAGGAGGCGAAACCUUCGUCAACCGAUUAAUGCAAGCAUCUGAUGGCUUCAAUAUGCUUUCCGGUGGACUGUCCGAUGUGGCCAUAACAUUCUGCGGUCUGUUUGUUACCGGUGGAUAUUUCAAUCCAUCCCUGUCAUUUGCCAUGGAGUUCGGAUGUCAGGGAAUAACUGGCAGUGAUUUUUUUAUGAUCUACUGGGUUGGUCCGGCGAUCGCCACACUGAUUGCCUUUCAGACGGCACCGGCGAUCUUGCGGGCCAUCCAGGGAGAACCACGCUCUACCGAAACUCAAGUCAAAGACCACAAAGACUAGAGACAUAUACUAUUAAUUAAAUAUUUUUGGUUGCAUUGUCGGCUAAUAUUAUCCAUUCGCCUUGUAUUAAUUUUUGUCAUCCUGACCUGCAUUUAAAUCGCACUGAGGCAGUUUCUGCCCGGUGGCGCGAUGUAAAGUACUCGUACAGUCAUCUCUAGGUAUAAUAAGGAGGACAAUCAACAGGACGAGUGACCCUGCGUUACGCAAUUUGCUUAAGCAAGCUUAAGAAAAGCCAUUGGAUUUCGUCAGAUCAGGAUGAAAGCCCAGCGUUCUAUUGUACUGUGCAUGGGACUGACAGAAAGUAUGACCGCUGCACGAAAGCACACACAACUAUCCACGCCUAGCCAUGACG